AUGAGCAAUGGCAAAAAGCAGCGCACAAGCAUCCCCACACACGACAUCGGCAUCUACCGCGGUUACGUCCUGCGAGUGGGCGAAGUUCAACCGCGCGAAGUGUCCGAGAGCUUGCGCAAAUGGGACAUGUUCAAGGAGGACCGGUACUCUUUUGAUGAGCAGCAGUCGUGGGCACGACUGUCGAUUUUCAAAGACACCUGGGGCCAGGCGGUGGUUGAUGGCGUGUUUGGGUAUGGCGGCGAGACGUUUUACGCUUCCGGGGAACACCCCAAUGAGCCUCACCGGUUGAACCCAGGCGACCCCUUCCACCCGGUCAAGAUGCAAAAGCGAGCAGGCGACCCACGCACGCUCUUCACCAAGCGGGCCAUGGCGUUUGACAACAACAACGAUGCGGUCAGUGCCGGGUGCCUGGCGGCGCGCAAGGUGUUGUAUAUGGGCGCGGCCGCGGACUGCUCAUACGUCACCCAUUAUCAGUCGCAGGACAGCGCGCGGCAGCAGAUUCUCAGCAACUGGAACCAGGCCAGCGCCGUGUACGAGCGGCAGCUCAACGUGGCGCUGGGGCUCAUUGCGCUGCAGAUUGAGGAGCUGACAUGCCCGACCGCAGUGGAUCCCAACGCGGCGUGGAACCGCGGGUGCAGCAACGGGUACCAGAUCAACAACCGGCUGAAUGACUUUAGCAAGUGGCGUGGCUCGCGGAAGAGUGAUGGCUGUGGACUGUGGCACCUGAUGACCAACUGCCCGUCGGGCACAGAGGUCGGCUUGGCGUGGCUUGGCACCAUGUGCACGACCUCGUCGUCGACCAACACCGUGCAGGACGGUGUGUCCUCGGGCACCGGCGUGUCAGCGGUCUCUCGCGACGAGUGGAAAGUUGUGGCACACGAGGUCGGACAUAACUUUGGUGCCUCGCACGACUGCACGAGUUCUGAGUGCCCGUGCACCGGCGCGGACUGCGUCAACUGCUGCCCUUGCACGGGCAACUGCGACUGCGGUGGCAAGUACAUCAUGAACCCACAGCCCCGUGAGCUCUGA